AUGACGAAUCCCACGCGCCGCAAGCACCGUCCGACGACCCGCCAGCGGCGCAAACACCGGCAGAUCAAUCCACCGCAUCCGCCGGCCGCCGCCACCGACGACGCCGCCGCGAUCCCAGAAGCUCCUGCGGUCGCCGCAGCCAUCGGCAUCCCCGACGACGUGUUUUUCUCCCACAUCUUUGUGAACCUCCCCGUGAGAUCCCUCUCGCGUUUCAGGGCGGUCUGCCGCUCGUGGCACGCCGCCGUCGACGACCCCGCCCUGGUCCGCCGCCACCUCGAGCUGUCGCGCGCGAGGCAGCCGCCAACGUCGUCCUUGCUCGCCGUCGCGAGCUCGGAGGAUGUAUGGGACGAAGCGCUCUCCGACUCCGACUCCGAGUCUAUCCCUAACGGCGGCCGGAUCGCACGCCGUAUCAUCCCCACCCACUGCGACGGCCUUGUCGCCGUCGCCACCUGCGGCGGGGCCACGUUCGUGUGCAACCCGGCCACCCAGGAGCUCGUCGUGUUGCCGCCCGGCACCAGCGGCCGCAGCCGCCGCGGCCCGUCCCCAGUGUCUACCGAAUCGACGGCGGCGAUCGGCUUCGAUCCGUGGCGGAACAGGUACGUCGUCGCCAGAUGCUUCUACUACCGCAAGUCCGGCAACCACUAUCCGCCGGUCUACAACGUCGGGCACGAGAUCUUCACGCUCGGCGGCGGCGCCGGCGACGGAUGGCUGGCGGACUGCAGGACCCGCCGCGCGCCAUCAGCCCCGACGGGAGACCCGCCGCCUGCACGCGCGGCGGCGGGGCCUCCUUCUACUGGUUCAUCGACGAGCAUGAGCCGUGCGCGCUGCUGCGGUUCAGCCUGCGGGACGAGGCGUUCGACGUGGUCCCCGUGCCCCCCGGGCUGCACGGGCUUCACGUACGACGACCGCCUGGCGGACCUCGCCGGCGAGCUGUGCUACGUGCAUCGUGUCCGCACGGGGGUUGCCACCCACGAAGUUUGGAUGGCGGCGGCGGCGGUCGACGACGACGAGCCGGAGUGGUGGCUGCGAUACCGAGUGGACCUGUGGGGGUACGCGUGGGGCUUGGUCGCCGGCGAACGCUGGUUCCACAGCUUCGGCGCCACGGCCGGCGAUGACGGCGUGGACGAGGAGGCGACGUUGGUGACCAUGUUGUACAAGGAGCUGUGCUGGCACAGGGAGCGGAGCAAACCGGUGGUGAAAGACGUGAACGUGCGAGGGAGCCGGUACAGCUGUGAGCCGACUCCGACUAUACACCAUGUCAUCCGUUACGUGGAGAGCCUCGUCUCCAUUACAGCACCUAACUACUGA